AUGGGGUAUGAUCUGGAGAGGUUUGUGGGCUAUGUGAAUGAGGGUCUCCUGUGCUGUGUGUGUCGAGACGUGCUGGAGCGCCCCCUGCAGGCACCCUGUGAACAUGCCUACUGCAGCGCCUGCAUCAGCAGCUGGCUGCUCCAUCACCACUCCUGUCCUGAGGACAGACUGCCACUGGAUGUGGGCAGUCUCAAACCACUGUACAGGUACAUGCGUAAUGACCUGAACCGUCUGCAGAUCCGUUGUGUGAAUGCAGGGCAGGGGUGUGAGGUGGUCUGCUCACUGGAGAGUCUGCACACGCAUGAGGAUGAGUGCGAGUUUGCUUUCAUAUCCUGCUCCAAUGCAGGUUGUCCCGUGCAGGUGGAGCGGCGGGGUUUGGAGGCUCACCUGUCAGAAUGUAACUUCCGCAGCAGAGUGUGUCCUAACGGCUGCGGCCACACUCUUCUCUCCAUUGAACAAUCACAACAUAACUGUGUAGCAGAGCUGCGCACUGAAGUGGAGAUGCUUAGGGCAGAGAUGCUGUGCAAGGUGGAGGAGGUGAGACGGGAGAUGGAGUCUCGCUUGGAUUCACAGAGGAGACACAUGGUGCAGAAAGAGUCACAGCUGAAGAACGAGGUCGAGGAGCUCAAGGGUCAGUUGUCCCGCGUGAUGUGUGACAUGCGUGCCCUGUUGGGAGCAGAGCGUCUGAGGAGACAGGAGCUGGCGGAGGCAGAGCUGGAGAAGAGGGAACUGCUGGAGCUCCUCAGAGACCUGCAGCUUACCAGGAGUCAGAAUCCUGUCGAACAGGCAGCCAGAGACGAACAUGAGGAAGACCAGCAGACAGCCGGGUGGGAGCUCCACACCGAGCUGACGAGACAUCCAACGAGGAAGGCUUCCUUACACACCUCCAGUCUAUCACUUCAUUCAUCUCAGGCUAUAAAUGUAUCAGGUCCACCUACAUCACCUCAGCUGAGUGAGGGGGCGCGCAAGGGUGGUACCCGAAGUCUGACCCUGGACUGCAUCAAGAGGAAGAGCCGGGAGGUCACAGUCAUCUGAGUACACUGGACUGGAGGGGAGAUUAGUCAAACUGGAAAAGAUGAAAUCUAUAUUUUUUUAAUAUUUGGAAAACUAUUUCUGCCAUUUUGUUAUCAGAUUAGAGCAGAGGUGCACUACGUUCUAGUAAUUCAGGAUGAAUUUGUUAUUAAUCUGCAGAAGAAGAAAAUCAGUACAUGGAAUCAGCCAUUAUGUUGUUUGGAAGACAGGAUGUUUCGUAUAAUUCUUCUACUUUACUAAGAAAGUGAUUGUUUGACUGUAGGCUUAUUUGAAAAUGAAUAGGUGAAUAGGAAAGGUUUAA